AUGUCGUUAUUUUUCAUCUUGGGCAGCCACAUCAUAAACCUUAUCAAGCCCAGGUCCAGGGGUCGGGUUGAGCUAAAACAGUGUCAUUUUGGGUAUCGAAGCUGUGUCGUGGCCCAAUUGCUUGACAGAUCUUUGGGUCAUGGGCCUAAGAAGCAUAGGUAUGGGUUGGCCUCAGAGACGAAUCCUUUCAGAGACGUUUAUCAAAUACCUUGUGCUUUAAGUUACAUCAAGCUGGCUACGGGUUACCAGCCUUAUGAUAGCAGUGGAACUGGUGAUGAUCUUCCUCCAUCACAUCAAAAGAGAAUCCCCAGAGGAGGUCGUGUGGCGGAGAAUGGAAGACCAGUUGGAGGUUCAGUCCCUUAUCCUAGAAUGAGAAAGGAAAGCUUGAUAACAGAGCUUAGAAAGGAGUUGAGAUUGUCUAAUGAGGAGCAAAAAGAGCUUCUUUCUGGGGUUAACGCAGAUGAUGCAAUACGGAGGAUAAGGAAUGAUUGGAUGAUCAAGCAAUUUUUUCUUUAG